UUCAAUUCAAUUCAUUCGAACAACAACAACAACAAAUCAAAUACCAAAUAUAUACUCAUCAGAAAAAUGGCAAGCAGAGGUCAGAACUUCAGCUCCGAAGGUCAACAACAGUUGAGAAAGGAGGAGCAUGCAACUAUUCAGCCAUCUAAUCCAUCACUGCAAUCUCAUGACCAUGACCAUCACCAUGACCAUGACCAAUCAUCUUACACUACUCAGGCCACUCAGUUUCUUCAACAGACUGGAGAGCAAGUGAAGAACAUGGCUCAAGGAGCUGCUGUGGCUGUGAAGAACACUUUGGGAAUGAAUGAUAACACCUCCGACCCAAGCAACACUAGCGGAGGAAACAACCCAAUCAACCUUAGCCAUUCCGCCGGCCACCAGUCAACCACCCACACAGGCAUCCACCAGUCAACCACCAACACUGGCAGCCACCAGCCAACCACCACCAACACUGGCAGCCACCAGCACAGGAUUUGAAGCUCAUAAAAUGCAUGAUGAUGAACAUUAAGGAUGAUCAUCAUUUCGUAUAAUUUAUUUAUAUUUUAUCUUUGAUUGUAUUCUUCAUAAGUUGUAAUGACAUGUGAUCCCUCUUUGGACUAGAGGUGAAUUUUUUAUUAUAUUUUUUUUCUGGUUUUUGUUUCCUUAUUUUUGGGUCUUUGAAAGGAAAAUUGAGAUAAAUAAUGAAGGAAAACAUUUUGUUGUUUGUCAUGAA